CUUCAUCACCGCCUCCAACACUACUCUAGUAGUUGCGUUUUAUUUUUUCUGCUCUUUCGUGGCUCCUUUAUCUCUCUGUCUAUAACUUGCCUAUAAAUAGAUUAUUUCAUUCUUUCUUGUGCAGAAUUACUCUCCAAAAAUACAACUAAUUAGUUACUUUUCUGACACUUAUAAUUUUUUAUUUUUUACAUUUGCCAUUUAGUUAACCUGACAAUGUCUAGCAGGAGAUCACGUUCGAGGCAGUCAGGAGCCUCCAGGAUAAGUGAUGAUCAGAUAGCUGAUCUUGUUUCCAAGUUGCAGCAGCUUAUCCCUGAGAUUCGCACUCGACAUUCAGAUAAGGUAUCCGCUUCGAAGGUCUUGCAGGAGACUUGUAACUACAUUAGGAGCUUACACAAAGAGGUCGAUGAUCUGAGUGAUCGACUAUCAGCGCUUUUGGAAUCCACCGAUGGUGACAGUGCUCAAGCAGCCAUAAUUAGAAGCUUGCUAAUGUGAUAGCAAACCUUUACUGCUCCAAAGUUUGUUUUCAUUCGUAUCUAGGGUUUGGUCACUAGAUUAGGCCAAAGUAUGAGUUUAGCUUGGCUCCACGGUUUAUCCUUAUAUAUGUAUCAUUGCCAAGACUUUGCAUUGCUAAGUCAUAUAUCUAAAAUAUGUAUGAAAUAAAA